AUGUACUACACGCAUCACAGCUAGCGGAGACUCAGCACUGCUGCAACUACUACUGCGACUAUAGGGAAGCUUGUAUGCUGGAGAAAGUUCAUGCAUUGUGUUCGAUCUUCAUGUUUUUAACUUAGAUGCGCACGUCGGGACGUGGAUGAACUGUGCGCGUAAUCGAUGGAAAAGUUACUGAGCGGAUUUUCUUUUGCGCCUUCACAAUGAGAUCGGACUAAACGCAGCUUGGAAAAGACAAACAGUUAUAUCGAAUGGACUGAAUAUUUGUGCAGUUUUGUCCACGCUUGGAUAUUGACUGAAUUUGCAAAAGAGCGCAUCUACUGGAAAUUACCGCAGACGCUUGCACUGGAGAAAUUUCCUACUGGACUGAUUACGUGCAACCUAUUUUCAUAUCAUUUUAUUUUCCUUUUUUCCUAAACGUGCAACAGUCCGUGUUUUUUUGUUUAUUUUUUUUCUUUCGAAAAUGAUGCGCCGUGCGCAAUGUGUUGCUUCUUUUUUAGCAACUUUAUUCCUGGUAUCUCUCGGCCAGUACCACAGCGAGAAAGGCAUCUCGAUCCCGGAGCACGGUUUCUGCCAGCCCAUCUCCAUCCCCCUCUGCACGGACAUCGCGUACAACCAGACCAUCAUGCCCAACCUGUUGGGCCACACCAACCAAGAAGACGCCGGUCUCGAGGUGCACCAGUUCUACCCACUGGUCAAGGUGCAAUGCUCGACCGAUCUCAAGUUCUUCCUGUGCUCCAUGUACGCGCCGGUGUGCACGGUCCUGGAGCAGGCCAUCCCCCCGUGUCGAUCGCUGUGCGAGAGGGCCAGGCAGGGCUGCGAGGCGCUCAUGAACAAGUUCGGCUUCCAGUGGCCGGAGCGACUGCGCUGCGAGAACUUCCCCGUGCACGGUGCUGGAGAGAUCUGCGUGGGCCAGAACACAUCCGAGGCUGGGAGUCCAACAUCCGAUCCGACUCCGUACGUGCCCGAAUUGAUCACCCUGCCCCCGAGUUCGGGUCGAGGUGGUCAGCCGUUUACAUGCCCGCUCCAGCUCAAAGUACCAUCCUAUCUGAACUACCACUUUAUGGGUGAGAAGGACUGUGGUGCGCCGUGCGAACCUUUAAAGGCCAAUGGACUGAUGUAUUUUCGGGAAGAAGAAGUUAAGUUUGGAAGACUCUGGGUGGGCAUCUGGUCCAUCCUGUGCUGCGUGAGCACUCUUUUUACAGUCCUGACAUAUUUGGUGGACAUGAGGCGCUUUCGCUACCCAGAACGCCCCAUUAUUUUCCUGUCGGGCUGCUAUUUCAUGGUGGCGGUGGCUUACGCGGUGGGUUUUUUCCUUGAAGAUAAAGUGGUCUGUAUUGAUAAAUUCAACGACGAUGGCUACAAAACUGUGGCUCAGGGAACCAAGAAGGAAGGCUGUACGAUCUUGUUUAUGAUCCUGUACUUUUUCGGCAUGGCGAGCUCCAUCUGGUGGGUCAUCCUGUCCCUCACGUGGUUCCUCUCGGCCGGCAUGAAGUGGGGCCACGAAGCCAUCGAGGCCAACUCGCAGUACUUCCACCUAGCAGCAUGGGCUGUUCCGGCGGUCAAGACGAUCACGAUCCUCGCCAUGGGCCAGGUGGAUGGAGAUCUCCUUACUGGGGUGUGCUACGUUGGCAUCAACAGCGUGACCUCCCUGCGCGGGUUCGUCCUCGCACCCCUGUUCGUCUACCUCUUCAUUGGCACCUCGUUUCUGCUGGCUGGCUUCGUUUCACUUUUCCGCAUCCGCACCAUCAUGAAGCACGACGGCACCAAGACGGAGAAGUUGGAGAAGCUGAUGGUGCGCAUCGGGGUGUUCAGUGUGCUCUACACGGUGCCCGCUACCAUCGUGAUCGCUUGUUACUUCUACGAGCAGGCUUUCCGGGAGCACUGGGAGAAGACGUGGCACAUGCAGACGUGCAAACGCUUCGCGGUGCCAUGCCCCGCAGGUAACUUUGCACCCAUGUCGCCAGACUUCACAGUAUUCAUGAUCAAAUACCUGAUGACCAUGAUUGUGGGCAUCACCUCCGGAUUUUGGAUCUGGUCCGGCAAAACCCUGCAGUCGUGGCGCAGGUUUUAUAAAAGACUCAGUAACAGUAACCAGGGUGAGACGACUGUAUGAACUGAAUUCUCUGAGCAUUUGAGCCUAAACGUUUUAAACUACAGCCUUAGUGAACAGACACACUAAUACACAUCCAGCCAUUAUGCCUUUUCUACUCUUAUUUCAGUUGUUUGUGGACACUCAAAUGUGCCAAGAAAACACACAGACUUACAGGUCAUUUGUGUUAAAAUUUUUGUCCAUGUGAAAAGUAUUAGACUAUAAAUCUUUGUAACUGUGGACUUUAGAAAAAUAAAGGUACCAGAAGAGGUUCCUGACCAAAAGUAUUUUUGUCAGCAUGAACUGACCAAUCAUUUUCAAUCAUACAGCCUACAUUAUGUGAAAUGUUCUUAGUUGAUGUUCUAGAAUUAUUCAUAAUAAGACCAAAAAUGGUUCUUCUCUGUCAUAAGGAAUCUUUUCUGGCACCUCUGUUUUCAAUAAUCUGUGAUGACCGUACAGAUGUGUUGGUAACCUGCAUAAUUCAGGGUCUAGAAGCGGAUCUUUUCACUUGCUUUAGACUUGAAUAGGCAUAUUUAAUGUAGUGCUCAUUACUGCGGAAUAGUGAUCCUCUACAUGAACACUGACCAUGUUUUAAUUGCUACACACAUGUAGGCGAUCCUGGUUUUCUAUGGACUUGUAUGUGUUUUUUAAAGCCACCCGCUGACAAUCCUGCAUCGUUCAUGUGGCACAAAAGCAAAAGCGUGUCAGGUUGUGGGUCGGAGGCCUACAUGCAUGUGUCCAGCUGGGAAAUUAUGCAAGCUCAUUUAACUUGUAAAUAAUCACCUUUUCUUAAAGAAUAUAUGUAUUUAUGAAGAUAAUCUCGCUGUUUUUUACUUGAUUUUUUAAAAAGAAAUUGGUAAAAGGACAUUUGUAUAUGUACAG